UGGUGUGGGGCAGGGCGCUACGCGAAUUCUAUUGGGUCAAGUACAGGAGUAUAUUGGGCUGCUUUUGGGAUAGGGGGUGUUGUCAGAGGGCAUUUGGGCAAAUUUGGGGGUACGCUGGAGGCCAUUUCAGAAGGAUGGGAGGAGGAGGAGGUGCUCUGGGGAGUGCAUUGAGGCAGGUGUAAGGGGUUCUUCGGUAGGGGGGGCAAUGAGGAGUGCAUUGGGGCAAGUCCAAGGGUUGCUAUAAGGUCAGACCUGCGCCAGAUGUUUGCGACACAGAGUGUGGAGAACAUCCAGUUCUUGCCCUUCCUCACCACCGAUGUGAACAACCUGAGCUGGCUGGGGUACGGCUGCCUGAAGCAGGACUGGACGCUGAUCGCGGUGAACACCGUGGGCGCCGCGCUGCAGACUCUCUACAUCCUGGUGUACUUCUACUACAGCCCUGCCAAGAGGUCGGUGCUGCUGCGGAGCCUGGUGCUGCUGGGAGUGCUGGUCGCUGGCUACUGCUACUUCAACCUCCUCAUCCCCGACAUGGGCACCCGCCUGGCGCACCUGGGGCUCUUCUGCAGCGUCUUCACCAUCACCAUGUACCUCUCACCGCUGGCUGACCUGGCCAAGAUCAUCCGGAGCAGGUCGACGCGCUGCCUAUCCUUCCCGCUGACCGUGACCACCUUCCUGGCCUCCACCAGCUGGACGCUGUACGGCGUGCAGCUCCGUGACCCUUACAUCACGGUCCCCAAUGUGCCGGGGAUUGUCACCAGCGUCCUGCGGUUCUGGCUGUUCUGGCGGUAUCCACCGGCACAGGAGAAGCCCUACAGAUCGCUGCACGCGUGAGGCAAAACCCGCCAGCCCAGGAGGGAGCCGGCAGGAGCCCCCGUGCCUCCGUCCCCGCACCCGCCUCGGCCCCAUCCAGGGGACACUGGGUGCUGCCAUCGGGCAGCCUGCAGCCUCGGCCCCUCCAGCAACACCCUGGCAGCACAGGAGCAACGUGCACCACCACCCACUCGGGGCACCGGGACCCUGAAUGUCACUCCUCAUUGCUGGAAUCCGCCUUCAGCACAGGGGUCAGGGAGCUGGGGCAUCUUGAAUCUCUUUUGUAUGGAUUUAAAGUGCCUUUUAAUAAAUCGGAGACUCUUCCCAGUA